CUUCCAACAUGGAUGCCGUCAGUCAGGUCCCCAUGGAGGCUGUGCUCCCCAAGCACAUCCUGGCUAUCUGGGUCAUUGUCCUCAUCAUCCUGGCCAUCAUGGUCAUCAUGACCUCCUUAUUGCUGUGCCUGGUCACUGCGAUCAUUAUCUGUCACAUGCAAACUUAUUCUGUCCUCAAUGGGACUGAGAAUCUCCCAAGAGGGGCAGUGAGGGAUGUGGGUGGUGUCCCCUCCCCCAGCCUCUUCCUUCUCAGAAAAGCGAUGGACGGGCUUCGCCGUGUGGACUCGGGAGCUUUGACACGUGAGAGGAGAUCUGAGCUCUUGUUUGGAUUUUGCCACUGGCCAGCUGUGUGA